GGUGGGGGGUGGUUGGGGGUCGUCGUCGCGAGAGAAGGGACGAGGAGGAGGAGGCUGAGCAGGGCCGUGGCGAUCGGGGGCAGCAGGAGGCGGCGGAAUCUGAAGCAGAAGUGAAGCAAGAAGAAGAAGCGGCAGGGCAACACGGCGGGUAGCGCGAGCAUUCAGAGGGGGGGGCAUCAGGGCGUCGGAAGAAGCAGGGAAGCACGGGGUGAAGGCGGCGGCGGCGGCCACGUCUCGCCAUGACGAUCCUGCCCAAGAAGAAGCCCGAGAAGGAGGAGGCUGAGCGCGAUGGCGCCGAGCUCCCGCACGGCCUCCGCCUCCCCGCAGGGCCCGAGGCGCGGGGCGCGCGGCCCCGGGGCCCCGCGGGCUCGUGGGCCGGCCCGGCCGCGCGGGACGAGCGCGGGGGGGACCGAGACCGCGGGGACCGCGUGGACCGAGAUCGCGGCGGCGUCGUGGUAGUGGGGGUCUCCGGAGUGUCCGGGGUGUCCGGGGUGUCGGGGGUUCCCGGGGUGGCCGGUGUCCCCGGGGUAGGGCCCCGAGAGGCCCGCGCCGCCUACGAGGACGCCGAGAGCCUGGAGUGCGGCCCCAGCCACAGCAAGAGGAGGCACCGCGCAUCCCCUCACAGGUCCUCCCGCAAGAGCCACAGGGCCAGCAGCCACCACCACGGGGGAGGAGGAGGAGGUGGUGGAGUUGGAGGAGGUGUAGGAGGCGUUGGCGGAGGUCCAGUGGGCCCGGGGGCUGUGGGCCAGAGAGCCUCGGCCUCCCCGCGUAGCGAGGAGCGAGGCCCCGGGGUGGUCGGAGGAGGUGGAGGAGAUAGAGGAGGUGGAGGAGGAUGUAACAGUGAAGAUGAACAUGAAGCCGGGGCCGGGCCCACCCAACAACAACAGCAGCAGCAACAACAGGACGCGCCGAGUGGGGAGCAGGGCGAGGCGUGGUUUGAGAACGUGCUGAAGGAGAAUCAGGGUUUCAUCAUCAAGCGCAUGUCAGAAGACGGAGCCUGCCUCUUCCGUGCUGUUGCAGACCAAGUGUAUGGGGACCAGGACAUGCACGAUGUCGUGCGCAAGCACUGUAUGGAUUACCUGAUGAAAAACGCAGACUAUUUCUCCAACUAUGUCACGGAAGACUUUACGACGUACGUGAACAGAAAGCGCAUGAACCACUGCCAUGGCAACCACAUCGAGAUGCAAGCCAUGGCGGAGAUGUACAACCGCACAUUCGAGGUGUACCAGUACAGCACAGAACCAAUCAACACGUUCCACAGCAUUUACAGGACAGACAACGAGCCGAUCCGUGUGAGCUAUCACCAAAACGCACACUACAACUCGGUCGUGAACCCCAACAAGGCCACCAUCGGUGUGGGGCUGGGCCUGCCCUCCUUCAAACCUGGGAAUGCAGAUAAGACGCUCAUGCAGAGCGCCAUCAAAACGUCGGAGGAGUCUUGGAUCGAGCAGCAGAUGUUGGAGGACAAGAAGCGGGCAACCGACUGGGAGGCGACCAACGAGGCCAUUGAGGAGCAGGUGGCCAGGGAGUCUUACCUGCAGUGGCUGCGCGAACACGAGAAGCAAGCCACACAGCCCAGGAAAGCCACCGCCACCUGCAGCUCGGCCACAGCAGCCGCUGCUGGGGUGGGGGGCGGGGGCCCUGCGGAGGAGAGUGGGGGCCGCUCGCCCCGGCCCCGCGUCGCGCUCUGCAGCUCCCCUGACCCCCCGGAGGCCACGGGCAGCGAGCCGGGGCCCAGGGGAGGGCCCUCCUCCGUGGGCCCUAAACCUCCCUCUCCCGGCCCAUCCAUCUACUCCAAGCCUCCCUCCCCGACUGCCGGCACAAGCUCCCACGUGUACUCCCCACAGCCCUCGAGCAGCCAGGCCUUCACGGGCCUCCACGGGGCCGCGAGCCAGCCCCUCGACUCACGCACCGUCAUGCAGCAGAUGUCGCCGACGGCGUUCGGUCUCACGGACUGGGAAGAUGAUGACAUUCUGGCCUCGGUAAUGGCUGCAUCUCAGCAGGAAUACCUGGACAGCCUGAGGAAGCAUGCUGGGGGCCCCCCCCAGUCCCCCGGCAGUGUCCGUGCCCCCCCUUCGCCCGACAGCAGUUGAUGGCAGCCCCCCUCCCCCAAAACGAACGCACUCCCUUCGGCCCCCCCGCGUGGCUUCACCAGUCCCCGCCCCCCAGGGCCUCAUAGCAACGAUCAUAGCACACGGGAGCAACGCAAGAGAAAGCGGCACUUCCUGAGAACUUAACACAGCGACACUCGGGACACGGCGACAAAUGAGACCGCGACACCUAGACAACGGCGACACCUAAGCACAGCAACAGUAGAUGGUAGCACCCAGAGACACCCAGAGUUUCAGACACAGCAACACAUAGACACGUACACAGUAACACAAACAGACACCUAGGCACACAGUUACACCUCGACAGUGAUGCCGAAACCCACAGUGCCACUUGGGCACACAGUGAUAUUUACAAAGUGACACCUACUUAGCACAGUGACACGACACAGUUGACGCACUUCUCAGCGACACACACGUCCCCAGAUACAGCCCAAUAGCGUGUGGCUCCGUCUUGGAGCACCCUCUGGACACUUGAUCGCUUCUGUUUGGGUCAUCAUCAUUAUUAUUAUACCUGUCACAGCAUCGGGGCAAGUCGGCACUCGCUCCCCAGCAGGGACUUGUGGAAUUGAGACUGAUCGACAGUGCCAGACUUGGCGCCACAGAGCCCGUACGAGGAAAACUGGCAAACGGGUGGCUCGGCGGUCGAGCGCGCCAGCGGCUCGCAAUCGAAGGUUCCGAGUUCAAAUCUCGAUUGGGGGGGGGGUGCCUACUAAGUCCAUCAUCCCCCCCCCCCCGGGGGCGAUUAAAAUGAGUACCGCAUCGUGGGGAAGUCAACAGUGGUUGUGCUAUGGGUGGACUCGGCCCCGCCAUAGGAAUGUGGAGUUUCCACUACUGGCUCGGGGGCUGUAAAUGGGAGAUGAGCACCAUUUUAGCCUCGAUGCUCACACGUGAGCAGAAAUUAACUUUUCGACGAUUAAAGGAAACGGGACGACUCGAGGCCAUCCCUCCGGUACUAAGAGUAAACGGGAGCCAGCAACCCGUGCCGCUGCGUGGGCCGCGGCCUCUCGGCAACGUCGCCAGGACGGCCUUCGCCGCCGCCGCGUGGCUUCUCAUUUUUUACCGUAGUCCGCCGUGUCACGUUAGUUAGAUGUGUAACCAAAACUAUUAUUUUUAUUAUUAAUGUACCUAAAAUGACAUACUUCACUUUCGGUAUAGCCGAUGUCUUCCUGUAUUUUUUCAUUGCUACCUGUAUGUGAAUGCUGAGGUGUUGCGUGACAUUUCUGUAGGUGUCUUGUAGAACUAGAACAGUGGCCUGCGUCCUGUAGGAUGGGCGAGUGGGCCUUGCUGACUCUACAGGUGCGCGGUUCCACAGCACGUCCGGCCCAGGCAUUUCCCCUUCUUGCCAGUGCCGAGUGGCUGCUGGUGUUGACGGUGUUAUAAUCUGGAAGGCGAGGAACAGCUGUUAUUGUACAACUUUGACUACUGUUCAAAUACAUGGUUAAUUUCA